GUGUCCGUGUGUGUGUGUGUUUAGGUACGAUAGCUCGCUCGCUCGCUCGCUCGGUGGUACAAGCGACUGGCGGGGCGGAUAUGGAGGGGCUCAGGAAAAACGCUGGGAACUGACCGAGCACCGAGACGAAGAGAGGGAGCGAGAAAGAGAAAGAGAGAGAUAGAGAGAGAAGAAGAAGGACGGACAGCACGGAAGGAAGGACGGAAGGAAAGGAGAUAGAUAAGUCUGAAAGAGGAGAGGAAGAGUGCGAAGAAGGGGCUCGUCUGGAACACAGAAGGAUUCUAAGGUGUGAGCCCUGGGCUGGAUGGGACCCACCAUGCCCCCCAGUAAGAAGGCCCAGAGCCCCAGUAGUGGAGCCAGUGCCUCGCAGGGCAUGAGCCCGCCGUACCGGCAGGGGGACGCCGCCACGGCAGCAUCAGAGGCGGAGGCAGCUGACCUCUCCCUGUCCCUUUCUGCCUCCUUCUCCAAGGCUGAGGACGAGGAGCUCACCAGCCUCUCCUGGCUCCACGAAAGCACGGACCUCCUCAACAGCUUCAGCCACUCAGGGCUGCGUAGCGUCUCCCCUCUACAAGACCCAGACGGUCAGCACCCACGCUCGCCCUCCUCCUCGUCUCCCUCCCCAGACGACCCCCUGCUUGGCGACGCACACUCGGCGUACGACUUGGCAGCAGGGGCGAACAGGAAACCGCCGUACUCCUUCAGCUGCCUGAUCUUCAUGGCCAUCGAGGACGCGCCAAACAAACGACUGCCCGUUAAGGAUAUCUACGGCUGGAUCCUGGAGCACUUCCCAUACUUUGCUAACGCCCCCACAGGAUGGAAGAACUCGGUGCGCCACAAUCUGUCACUGAACAAGUGCUUCAAGAAGGUGGAUAAAGACCGGAGCCAGAGCAUAGGCAAAGGCUCCCUGUGGUCCAUAGAUCCGGAGUAUAGGCACAAUCUGAUCCAGGCAUUGAAGAAGACGCCGUAUCAUCCUUACUCGCCCGGCCUGGCCACGCCCUCCACCUCUCCACCCACCCUGCCUCAGACAUUUCACCACAGCCCUCCAUUGUGGUCGGGGAGUCCCCUCUUCAGAAAGAACGGAGGAGUUCUCCUACAAGUUCCUCGUGGUGUGAUCCAAAAUGGUGCCCGUGUCCGGAGCCAGGCCCUCUUUCCUGUGAUCAGACCCCUACCUGUAAGCCCUGUGGGAAGCAGAACCUCGGCCAUACGAUCAUCCCUGGGAGAUUAUCUAAGCCGAGGACAGGACAGCCCAUCCCGCUACUCCCCUCCGCCCGGCAGUGAGGACCUCCAGGACGACCACACUUACAGCACCGCCAAAUCCCCCAGCAGGCUGUGCUCCUCCCAGGUCGCAGCGUCUUCCUGCCCUCUGGACGACGACGACGACAUCAUCGCCGUGGAGAUCCAAUCAGACGUCAAAGCCGAGCCCCGGGAGAUCCCAUUGGACUCUCACAUCACCACUGCCGCCACUGCCUACAUUUCCCAGCAGCCCCUGCGCGGACAGAGACGUAGUUCGGGGUCGGGAGCUGGGACUCUGGCAGGCAGCAGUUUGCCCUGGACCAAAAACCGAGCGAAGGGCAUUAGCGACACACUGCCACUGAAAAAGCGGCGCGCGGCGGCAGUGGAGAAGCCGCCAGAGAGCGACGACGAGGAGAUGAAGGAGGCGGCGGGGUCGCUGCUCCACCUGGCGGGGGUCAGAGCCUGCCUCAACAACAUCACAAACCGCACCGCCAAGGGCCAGAAGGAGCAGAAAGAGGCCCUGAGAAACUAAGACACACACAUAGAACAAGUACACCGUCAUGCAAACACACACACACACACACACACACACACAAACACAUACAAUACACAAAUAGGUCAACAGGUAAUGUUACUUCAGCAUUAGUCUCUACGGACACUUCUCAUCUCCCUCUAUCUAUCUGCAGGGCAUUAGGUGAAUCCUACUUAUUUGUGGCAAUAUCAAAAAUCUAUGUUUUCCUACAUGUUCAGCAACACUAACAUCAAUGGGUAUUUCUCAUGUGUCUUUGUUGUUUUUGUUGUUUAAAAAGGGGAUGAAAGCCAUACAAAAAAAAAAGGAAAAAAAAAAAAAGAGCAUGUUUUGUCACUAAUUUGGAAAAAGUCGAACCCGACGAAACUGAAUCACAUCGCGGAGCGUGCAGUCCAUGAGCAGAAGACGGCUGUUUUGUCUUACCUGUUUGUUUCUUUGUGAAUCUGUAGCAAUCUUGCAGCAAUGCCAGCAACGGCGGCGGCAGAGCCGACGAGACACAGCCUCUCCACCAAGACUCUCUCGGCCGCCGGCUAGCAUCACUCUCCUACAUCCACGAGCACAAAUGUGAGACUGUGCCAAAGAUAAGUGACCAGGUUGCUUCAUGUAGCCGAUACGACAGCUGACAAAAAAUGAAAAAAAUAAAAUAAACACAUGAAAUGAGAGAAGGCAUAGUAGUAAAGAACAGCUAGAGAGAGAAUGACCGUACGCGUCAAAAUAAUUGUAAAACCCAAUGUGAUAUAUAUUCAUGCACUUAAGAUUAUUUUACGCCACUUAUAAUAAAAGCAUCAUGGGUAAAGACAUGGUUUAUUUCAAGAGCACUCAUAGUAUUUAAGAAUAGAUUUAUUAAAGUGAAAAAAAAUAAAAAAAAAUAAUGAUCAUGUUUAUCACCAUAGAGAUGGAUAGUGUGCCGGGUCUGAGGCAAUAUCUCCUUCAUUUUGUUGUUGUUGUUGCAUUAUGUAAACGUCCCUGAAACUUCCCCCUCAGUAUUUGUGUCCAUAAGCGUAGACACCAGGUAUAGAUACCAUAGCUACCACAACCUUCCUAUUCAUUUGACGACGUCAAAGAACUAUAUACAUAAAACUGUGGGUUUUUAGAUUUCCGUUUGUGUCUGUUUACCCUCACUCUACCCUCAUAAAGAUAUAAGCAAUUUGUCCCGCGCGGACAACUCUGUAAAAAGGUUAGAAAAUAUUUUAUUUUUUUCCUUUCUUAAUUGAAGCAAUUUGACCUGCAGGACUUUCUCAGUUAUAUUGCAUGGGUGCUUGUAAAUAAGAUAAAAAGCAAAUCUUUUUUAUUCAAAGAUCAUGUAAGAUAAACAAUGUAUUUAGCAUGAAGCAUGACUUAUUUUCAUAUAAACCUUGAAUCUAGAGGAAAGAAAAAAAGUUUUGCCGCCAAUUCUUAUACCCGUGGUUAUAUUAUUGGAUUUUUGUUUUGUUUGUUUUGUUUUUUUUUCUUUAAAAAACUUUUGGGUUCCUGUUAUGUUUCUUCUGAGCGGGCUUUCAAAGACACGUCUUCAGGGAGGAAUGUGGGGGGGAUCACUCUGCAAUUAGAGGCCCAAGGGUGCCACCUGUGGGCUUCGGGUUCAGGCUUAUGUAGGCCAGCUGAAUCACCUCUUAGGGGUGGGCUUCCGUCUUCUUCUGCCUGUACAGUGAUUUUUUGGUGUUCAGUGUUAACCCCAGUGUUAUUUCAGAACACGUCUGUAGAGUGUGUGCGUUUGUGUGCCCAGGAACACAUGCCCUUUAACAUUGUGCCUGCCUGCCUGCCUGCCCUCAGUACCUCUGUUGUCAUGUCUCUGACAUGUGUUGACAGGACGUUAACUUGUCUUUAUUUAUAACAUUGUUGGGGGGGUUGGGUUCCCCCACCCCCCGCCCCCCCUCCUGUGUGUCAAUGUACAUGUGUUCUUUAUUUUCCAUCCGCAUUGUUCAGUGUAAAUGUGUGGAAUCAGAUAAGAACCUCAUAUGUCAAAGUGGCAUAACCUGGGAGUUGAGGAUCGUUGGAAUGACGCGGUUAAAGGUGAUAUAUGUAAAAUAUGUACAACAGCUACCUUAAGCAUUUAAAGCGGUUACUACGCCGUGGUCGCCCGCACGUUACACAGUGUCCUCCGUCGUACAUAUACGUCACUGUCCCACUCUGUGUUUUAUUUUUUUUAUAAACGCUGAAUCUAUUGAUAGUGAUUCAGAGGCAGAGACAGGAAAGGGAAACCUGAUGAGAGGAGGCGACAAAAAAGGAUUGUAAAAACAUUAAAAUAAGUUCAAUUAUGCACCGACAACGGCAGAGCGUUAUGGCGCUUUUCCAUAUACAGUUCUAUCGCUACUCGGUUCUACUCGGUUUGAUAUUAGGCACUUUUUUUUUUUUUUCCAUUACUUCGCGAAACUGCCAUGACGUUGUUUUCUACGCGACACAAACACACCGGAUCCUCCCAGCAGCCACAGUGUAUGUUUGUGGACAGCAGCCAUUUAAACAAUCAAAAAAUUCUCUCUCUUCCAGUGACGACACUCUCUGACCAGUCAGUGGUCAGCAGUGUGUUGAUGUCACGUGUACGAUCCCUGAUGGAAAAAGCAAAAAGUCGAGUCCAGUCAAGCCGAGUAGUGCUAGAACUGCAUAAUGGAAAGGCUUAGCCAUUAGCUAACCUUGGCAUAAAGCAUUCAUGUCUUUCAGCCGUCUAUAUUUUAACACAGCUCCACUGCAAUCGCUUGUUUUCCCUUAUCCUCGAUUUUAAGAGGAGCAGUGGGGCUGUUUCAGUGUAGGUUUAGGUAAAAGACAACCUGUCACUGGGCGUGUGGCAGUUGGGUUUGGCACAAAAUAUCAAACCAGAACAAGAACAAAGUUUGUGUCCUGCAAAAGAACAUUUAAAUUGGGAAUACACCGGCUGCACCAUUGUUGUCAGUGAAGCUCUGUAUUUUCAUUUAAUGACAUAUCAUGGUCAUGUUAUGACUUCAUAUAACACAUGUCUUACAUAUGGCACCUUUAAGGUUGUUUUAUAUCAUUUGCAUUCAGUGUUUUCAACCCUGUGAAAUGUAUUACUCGUGCAUGUCAUGCUUCCAUGGAGUCUGUCACAGAUUUAUCUAAUGAGCCCAAUCCGAGGAUCAGAGGUGGAUGAUUUAUUUUGAUUUUUUUUUUCAACAUUCACACAAACUUGACGUAAAUUUGAAAGAGCCGCAGUGAGCCUUUGACAGAAGUGAUAAACAUUAGAUACCGCCACACUGCCAUUAUUUGGCAUGCUUUUGCUAAGUCUGCAACGCAUUAUAGUAUUAAUUUUCCCUCACAUGCAGCGAUGCAUAUGAAUAAAAAAAGAAAGCAGCUUUGUGGGAUGGGGUGUAGCAGCAGCAGCAGAGUCACUCGAGGUUCUGUUUGAAGCCAACCGGGUAAACAAAUGCAUGUUCCACCCUCUGGUACAGUCUUCUACCACCUGUAGCAUGCAUCACUGGCUUCAUAUUUUGUAUGGUGUCCAUUUAAGGAAAAAAAGGAGACACACUGUCAGUGUCCUUGUUGUGUGCCAUCCGUCUCUUUUCUGAUAUUUGUCUGAGUGCUCCAGCGGCCCAGGUCAAGCACUCUGCUGUAUUUGCAGUCACAACCCACUGUUGUGGUGACUAAUAACGUGUUCGGUUGGCGAGAGGCACGUCGAGGGGAGAAUGUGUUUUUUUUUCUUUCUUUCCCUCUGACUCACUCAGUGACCUGGGGAAAGAUGAACCCCUGACCCACGUGUCCGGAAAAAACCCAACAAACCUGGGACAUAUUAAAGCAAAUGAAAUAAACUUCACUGCCUAAAAAGCCCCCAAAACAACGUAUUUCCUUCAAAACCUGCCAAACAUUCAUUGACACACUCUGAAAGAUGUACUUGCCAUUGUUUCGUUUACGUUUUUAUGCACAUGUUCAUGUUGUGUUUUCUUUGUCUGACAAAGUUAUCUACAAUACUGCCAUUUUCUUUCUGUGACUGCCUGAGCUGAAUAUUGGAAAGCCAUAGGUUAGAGAUGUCAAAAUGCAAAACUGUUAUUGAUCCGUGAGAUGUGACGCAGAGUACGCCCCCACGUGUCGUCUUUUUUUCCGUUCUUUCCUUCUUUUUCUUUCUUUUGUUUCCUUUCUUUUAGUAAGUGUUCAGUUCUCUCCGUAUUGUGCAAUCAUAUUGCCAAAGAAUGAUUUCAAGACCUAUUUCAUCACUACAUGUAAAUAUCAACGUUGUCCAAUACCGUGGCAAAAAAAUAUAUAAAUGUUGUUUUAUUUUGUUUUCCAUUUUCUGAAAAACUACAAUGAUGUUUAUGUGAUGUAUUGUCUUCCAGUUGGUUGCAAUAAUAAAAAAUACAAGUUGCA